AUGGCGGACUCCGCAGCACCUCAGACGGCCGACUUAUCUCGCAGAGUCGUCUCCAUCGCAGCUGGUGAAGCUCAUACACUCGCCCUGACUGGGGAUGGCCGCGUUUAUUCAUGGGGAAGAGGAAUGUUUGGCCGACUGGGAACUGGUUCUGAGCAAGACGAGCCCUUCCCGGUUCCAGUCAAGUUUGAACCUUCCGGUGAUCAACCUCCCAUCAAGCUCGUCGGAAUUGCUGCUGGUGCUUAUCAUAGUCUCGCUCUAGCAGAUGAUGGAUCGGUCUGGUGCUGGGGUUACAAUGUCUCCUUGACUUUAUACAUGGAUGGCCAAAUUGGUGUCAAUGGAGAGAACCCUGUUGUACCACAGUUGUUAGACCAGUUCCACAACCUGUCUUCUCCAUCUGAGGACACAGAAACUAAGAGCGUAACACCACUGAGGAUUCUCUCCAUCAAAGCUGGGGGAAUGAUGUCACUGGCGAUUGAUAACGUUGGAGGCUUGUGGAUAUGGGGUAAUUGCCCUCAGGAAAGCAGCAACAGCAAUAGUAGCAGCGAGGGUGGGUUCUCCCUCGUCAGCAGUUUCGCCCCAGUUCCUGUGUGGGAUCUUCAAGGCGGCCAGAGGGUUGUGAAGGUAGCUUGUGGGAAUGAACAUGUAGUAGCCCUUGUAAGUGUUGGAGGAGAAACAACAAACAGCAAAGGUGGUGGUGGUGAGGAACAAGACCUAGUAUGCUAUUCGUGGGGUAACAAUAAUCACGGGCAGUUAGGACUGGGAGAUCGAGUGAGCAGAGUCCAUCCACAAGUUGUUCAAACUUCGGCUGUCUACGAGGUAUCCUGUGGGGCAUUCCACACUGCUUUGUUGUCCCAUAGAACGAGAGUGUCAGGUGAUGAUGGUACCAAUAUAAGUGUCUGCUGGACAUUUGGGCUCGGAGAUAAUGGACAACUCGGACAUGGAACCACUCAGAGUGUGUCAAGUCCUGAACCUGUGAAGGAUUUGCCAAACCAAAUGUACCUGGUGUCAGUUGACAGUGGUUUGUUCCAUACUAGCGUGGUUUCAUCGAGUGGAGAUGUGUGGUCAUGGGGGAUGGAAAAGGGUCUCGGCCUCUGCCCAGAUGCUACCUUCACUGGGACAGAUGCAGGUGAUGCAGCAUUGCCCUUGCCGAUCAGUAAAUUUCACAAUCCAGUUCAAGUAGCUUGUGGAGCUGCACACACUGUCCUCGUUGCCGAUGGUGGAUACAGGCUUUGGUCAUGGGGAAGGGGACGAAGUGGAGUGCUUGGAACUGGCAACACCGCUGAUUCUUACGCUCCCAGUAUUGUGUUAUGGCCUCCACUAUCCGAGCAAAACGUUGGAGACCAAGACGGUUCUUCGAAGAACACAGACGACGAAAGACUGUCUGCAGCAAUGGAUGAGAUGAAGCUCCUGCAAUCCAAGUACACAGCAAUGGAGCAGUAUGCAGGUAUGCUUCAUGGGCUGAUUUUCGGCGAACCAUUUAGAGAGCACGAGAUUGCUACUAGCUCGUCUUGGCAGAAUCCUGGUGGUGGCCUCGAUGUUGCGAGGCAGUGGGAGGAGAUGUUGGAAUCCGCAGAUCGUGGGAAGCUAAUGAAGCUGGAGAGGUUGUACAAAGGAAUGCUGGGAGGUGUGAAGGAUAAGUUGCUGAAGAAGAGGAUUCAAGAGAUUGUAAAGGAAAUCAAUCAUCACUAG